UGCUACCAAAAGCUUUCAGGCAUUACUUGCCAACUCUACCUAUAUAAAGGUGAAGGGUGCAUUCUCACGCUUUCCCAUCUAACAGAAGCAACCUCAAAGUCGCUCCAAGAUGAAUUUCCCACAACCCAAGGUUACUCCACUGCCGCCGUUCAUCGACCUCCAUGGCAAAACUGCUUUGAUCACCGGGGCUACUGCAGGUAUUGGUUUGGAGACAGCCCGCCAACUGCUCAAGCUCCAGGUCUCUCAUCUCAUUCUCGCAGUGAGAAGUAACUCAAAAGGUGAAGCCUGCAAACAGGAGCUUCAACGACUCAACAUCCACGCAAAAAUCACCGUUCUAGAACUUGAUAUGGACGACUAUAAUAGCGUGCAAAGUUUCGCCAAAAAGUUGCAGCUUGAAGUGCCGUCGGUCAAUAUUGUCAUUCUCAACGCGGGUAUUGGACUUCUCAAGCUUGAACACAGCCCGAGUGGCCACGAGCGCGUCAUCCAAGUGAACUACCUCUCAAAUGCGCUUUUGGUUGCCGAGCUAUUGCCGUACCUCAAGGCAAGCGCAGAGAAGACUGGCCAACCGUCCCGCAUCACCUGGGUGGGUAGCCGAAUGUACUAUAGCACGUCUCUCGAGAAAAAGGCGCCCAUAAAAGCCGGCGAAUCGGUGCUUGAGCAUAUGGACUCGAAGGAAUUCUUCUUUCCAAAUGACAGAUACAAUGACAGCAAGCUUUUGUGCGCAAUGUUCAUGUACAGUCUUGCGGCACGACUCGACAAAUCCAAGGUGGUCUUCAACAUGGUCUGUCCAGGUAUGGUCAACACCAACAUGACUGAUGUUUUGCCGUUCCACAUGCGUAUGGUGAUGGGCGUCGUGAAAGCCCUUCUCGCACGGCCCGUUGAGGUCGGUGGGCGGCUCUACGUCAAUGCGGCAGUGGUGGCAGGGCCAGAGUCACACGGUGGUUUCCUCGGGGACAAGGAGAUCAUUGAGCCAUCCCCAUAUCUUCUGACCCCUGCAGGUCAAGCCGUGCAGAAGAAGUUAUGGGCAGAAACUGUCGAGGAAUUGGGAAUAUUAACCAGGCUACCAACUGAAUUUUCCUUGAAGGAGUCACAGUAGCUACUCGGGUCUUAUUCAGUCAUUCAUCUGCUUCUUUCAUAUCGCACUUAAUGGAAUUCUGAGGCAUCCCACACGUCGUGAAUGAUAGCUGACUUGCGCUGUUCUUUGUAAUACUCUCCCUGGGAUGUCACGCCUAUAACGCAACAGCAAAUGGAAAGCAAGAUCCCUACCAACCUCAGAUUUGUUAUCCGGCAGCAAAUCAGCACCCAAGCUCGCGAAAUAGGGCCACUGUGCUAACUGACGGGUAUUCAAUAUUUCAGGAGAAGGCAUGAUCUUUGGUGAAUUCAUUUGCUCGAGGAUCUGUUGACCGGUGGACAUGGAGUAGUCUACCAGAGAAACUAGACGAAAACACACCCAAGGUUUCGUAUCCAAAAACUGAAGCAAUCUGUGUCUGUGGUUCAAGGUCACGCUUCCAGACUCCCGUUCCGGAGCCCCCGAUGGCAUUUCAAGAGAUGGGGAAGAUUCAAAUAAAUGAAUUGUUUGCUAAGCCC